AUGGACGUGGAGCUGGCCGAUCGUACCUUGUCUGUGGCAGUGACUCCCGUGCAGGCGGUGGUCUUGCUCUCCUUCCAGGACCAAGCCAGCUGGACCCUGGAGGAGCUGAGCAAGGUGGUGAAGAUGCCCGUGGCCCUGCUGCGGCGGCGCAUGUCCAUGUGGCUAGAGCAGGGAGUGCUGCGGGAGGAGCCUGCCGGGACCUUCUCUGUGGUGGAGGAGGAGCGGCCCCAGGACCGGGACAGCAUGGUGCUCCUUGACAGCGACGACGAGAGCGACUCCGGCAUGGCCUCCCAGGCCAGCCAGAAGGAGGAGGAGCUGCUGCUUUUCUGGACGUACAUCCAGGCCAUGCUGACCAACCUGGAGAGCCUGUCGCUGGAGCAUAUCUACAGCAUGCUGUGCACGUUCGUGGUCACCGGCCACCGGUCACUGUUCCCACAUUUGACUCAUCUCCCUAAUCUCUUUUGA